AUGACAGAUGCAAACAAAACGACAACAUUGGGUGAAUACCUGCUAACCCGAUUAGUACAAAUCGGAGCACAAAAGAUUCAAGGUGUUCCGGGAGAUUUUAAUAUGGGUUUCUUGGAUUUGAUUGAAGAUCAUAAAGUGUUGAAGUGGGUAGGAAAUUGUAAUGAAUUAAAUGCUGCUUAUUCGGCAGAUGGUUAUGCACGUACAGCAAAGACCACAACAACAAAACAACAAGAUAAAAGUGAUUUGCAUUCUCAUAUGAAUAGAGUUGGUGUCGUGGUUACAACUUUUGGUGUGGGAGAAUUGAGCGCACUGAAUGGCGUUGCAGGUUGUUUCUCAGAACGUAUUCCUUUGGUACAUAUCGUCGGUGUACCUUCAACGGAAGCACAGGGCAAUCGUGCUUUAUUGCAUCACACUUUAGGAGAUGGUCGCUUUGACGCUUUUGAAGAAAUGUCAAGAAAGAUUUCAAUCUCUCUAGUGAAAUUGGGUGACUAUGCUUCAGAUGGAUCGGGUGCCGUUCGGGCUCUUGAUAAGGUGCUAGCAGAAGGAGUCAAACAAGCAAGACCGGUUUAUGUGUCUUUGCCAACAGACUUGGUUCACUUGCAGGUACCCAAAGAAGCCCUGGAGAAACCUCUCUCCUUGCAACUACCCAGGAACGAUCAAGAUGCAGAGAAGAAUUGCUUGGAUGUAAUCUUGGAACAAAUCAACAAAGCCAAAGAUCCGAUCAUCAUUGUUGACGCAUGCGCAAUCCGACACGGGGUGAUCGAAGAAACACUAGAAUUGGUAAACGCAAGCGGAUAUUCCGUUUUCUCCACACCGAUGGGUAAGAGUGCCAUCAACGAAACCCACCCUCAAUUUGGUGGAAUUUACGUCGGAAGCAAUACGGUGAAAGAAGUGAAAGAUCGUGUAGAGUCUGCUGAUCUUUUGAUUCAAGUUGGUAGCUUGUUGAGCGAUUUCAAUACGGCCAAUUUCAGUUAUCGUACACCCAGAAGUGCAACGAUUGCAUUGCAUUCCAAUCGAGUUGAAACUGGAUUUGCAACAUUUGAAGGCGUUCGAAUGAAACAAUUGAUGCCUAAACUUAGUGCUGCUUUGAAAUCAAAAAAGGAUGCCAGAUUGACUUUUACGGAGAAACAUUUGCCUAAAGUCGACAACAUCCUGCCAACACGCGAAGAAGAAGUUCAAUUGGGUGCAGGAUCUCCUGAUGGAAUCUCUCAAGCAUACCUUUGGCCAAGGGUUGGUCAAUUCUUGAAAUCAGGCGAUCAACUUUUGGCCGAAACGGGAACGAGUUCGUUUGGUUCAUUGUCUAUCCGAUUACCCUCAAAUUCACUUCCAUGCUUUCAUUCUCAAAUUUUGUGGGGUUCAAUUGGCUGGGCUCUGCCGGCAUGUUUGGGAGUUUCAUUAGCCACGAGUGAAGAAAACAAAAAGUCAAGAGUUGUGUUGUUCAUUGGAGAUGGUAGUUUCCAAUUAACCGCACAAGAAAUUUCAACGAUGGUACGUGAAGGAUUAGGACCGAUCAUUUUCGUUUUAAGUAAUGAUGGAUAUGAAAUUGAAAGACAAAUUCAUGGUCCUGAAAGAAGGUAUAACAAUACCGCUCGUUGGGAUCUCAAGGCAUUCGUUGAAACGUUUUCAGAUGUCAACAAAACUUCCGACAUUCAAUCUUCCAAACAGAAAACUGAAAUGAAAGAAUCUCAUGUGAAAGAUGUUAAACAGAGUAAAGUCCGCUAUGACUGUGUACGAACAAAAGAUGAAUUGGACGCAUUACUCAAAACUGAUGAAAUGGCAAAAGGCGUUGCAGAAGAAGGUCGAUCAACUUUACGUUUAGUUGAAAUCAUAAUGGCAAGAGGUGAUGCACCAAAAGCAUUAUUAGGUCAAGCUCAAGCAACACAAAAAUCAAACAGUUACGAAUAAAAAUAAGAAAUUUGUAAUUUUGCAUGUUUAUCUUUUUGCUGAAGCACGCAAAAAAACAAUAUAUGAUAUAUAUGAUAGUUGAUAUGAAUGAUUGUUUGCAAGAGUAUAAUUCGAUUUGACAAUCAACGUAAAUUCGAAUCAUACACAUGUAUGUAUGUAUAUAUGGAAUAGGGGUUUGUCUGUGUGAACAGCAAUCAGACAAUCAAAGAAUGCCAUUCAGCGAGAAUCGAAAGGAGAAAAAGAGGGAUGCAGUUGCGGUCGAAUGGUGGAUUGCAUGUAAGAGAGUAAAG